AUGGACUUAAAACUGAGCUGCUGUUUGGGUUUACUUCUCGCCUUGCUUCAACUCUUCGCGGACACAGCUGGGGACUCAAUUCAAGUGGACGAAAACAAUGUGCACAACAUAGCUCACUCCAAUGAACUGGUUCUGUUGCUCUUCUAUACGCAGCAAUGCCAAUUUAGUGCGAACCUGUUGCCAAUCUUCGAUGAUGCCGCUGAUGAGUUCCGAUCUCUAUUUGGUGACUCUGGCAAAGUGAUGCUGGGCAAGGUCGACUGCCACAAGAAAAUGGAAAUGGCUCGUCAUUACAAAAUAUACAAAUAUCCGACGAUAAAGGUCGUGCGGCACGGGUAUGUCGGAAGGCAAGAGUAUCGAGGACAACGCUCGUUGAAGGCCAUUAAGCAGUUCGUCUUCAAGGAACUGCUGGAUCCCAUCGAAAAGUUUGACUCUUUGAACGAGCUUAAGGGAUUGGCCAACUCAAAAUUGAUUGUGACUGGUUAUUUUGAGCACAAGCAUCACACCGAAUACGAGAUCUAUCGUAAGGCAGCGAGCAACCUUAAGGACUAUUGUCAGUUCUAUGUUAAGUUCAGUAAAUCGCAUGUGCCAAAUAGUAUAACAUUCAGAGGGGAUUUGGUUAAUACAUCCCAUAUGGAGUUUUUGGGCAAUUUGUCAAACUACACCAACGUACUCCGUUGGUGCCAGCAGAACUGCUACCCGGCGGUGCGUGAACUGACAUUCGAGAAUGCCGAGGCGAUCACGGAGGAGGGCAAACCCCUUGUAAUACUCUUUCACAAAAAAGAGGAUAUCGCAGCACCGAAGGCAUUCGCCAAAGUCGUCAACGAAGAGCUACAAGCUGAGCUGGAUAAUCUCAUUUUUGUGACUGGGGAUAGCGAAACUUUUACACAUCCGAUCCGUCAUGUGCAUCUGACGGAAGCGGAUCUGCCUUUCAUAGCCAUCGACUGUUUCGCAAGCAUAUUUCUGUUUCCCAACUACAAACAUCUCCACAUUCCAGGCAAGUUCAAGCAGUUCCUUGCCGCAUUCUACAGAGGCGAGCUGCACAAGGUUUCACCAUUGGAUAGCGAAGAGUUUACUGAUCAAAGCGAGCACCAACUGAAUAUAGUUGAAUUUCAAUCGAAGUUCAAGGAACUAAUGCCAUCGAAGCUUCGUUAUACGUUCGCCAGAAAUGAAUUGUAA